AUGGAGCGUUUGGUCGGAAGUCGACCAGCGAGCAGUGCCAGUAAAAUUCAAAGGAGAACAACUCCUCGAGAACGGGGCCCGAACCCACGAGAGCCUCUGAAGACCACAUCACGAGCGGUGUCUCCCGUGGGGUCACACACUGCCACUGAUCUGGGAUCUGAACUCGAACUGAUAACUUCAGCACUUGAGCCAGCAGCGGGAUCUGUCACAGUAGAUAUUGAGGAUGGGGAUGGAUGGGACACGGACUUGGAGGAUGUUACGCCUAAAAAAACAAAAGAUAAAAAAGGCAAAAAGGGAAACUACCCCAAACGGAAAGUUUUAACUGAAGAGGAGAAAGCCCGCCUGGUGUACAUCCGGGCAUGUAUAAAGUUCAGCAUCACCCCAUCGUCAAUAUUCCUUCGUGGACUCAAAAAAGGACAAAUAGACCUCCAAAACCAAGGGCUAGGACCGCUCGGAACUCAGGCAGUCGCCCUUAGUCUUGUGAUUGACCGAAGUGUGAGUGAUGUAGUGAUAUCCGGUAACUCUAUAGGACAAACAGGGAUUCGUUACCUCACGGACAUGUUGUUGAUAAAUGACAACAUCAGCCACCUUGAUGUAUCAGACAAUAACCUACAAUCGUACGGCGCCCAGGUCAUCAGUAACAUGCUGCUACAAAACGACAAUAUUCUAUCCCUCAAGGCCUCAGGUAACCAAUUUAAUAGGAAUGACGCGCUUCUGUUCGCGCAGGCCAUCCAGUUCUACCGGUUUUCACUCCGUGUUUUGGACCUCAGUCAUAAUGACCUGGAGUCGGAGGGAGGACAGCAUCUUGGACCAGCUAUAGCUGCUAACGACACAUUAGAGAUCCUGGACAUCAGUUGGAACCAUUUGGCAUAUGACGGAAUCAAGGCCAUAGCGGACGGACUCAAGGAAAACACCAGCAUCAAAACCCUUAACUUGUCGUGGAAUGGCAUUGGCGAUGAAGGCGCGCUGUGUGUUGUACAAGCUGCCAACAUGAAUGAGACUCUAGAAGUCUUACAAAUGGACGCUAACCGCAUAGGGCCGAUCGGUCUGUCCAACCUCCUCAAACAACUGGCAAGCAACAAAGUUCUGCUCGAACUGAAGAUCAGUAAGAACCCAAUCACCACCUUAGGACCAGAGAGUGCUCUCCAAGUUAUCAACGCCCACCCCGAGAUGGGAAUGCAAUUGUUAGAGAUACGGGAUUCUUGGUUGACGAGUGAAGCCUGUAGGCUUGUGUACGACAUUCAAGAAUUAAAACCAAAAUUUAAAGUCGUUCAUGGAGGUUUUACGAAUGCUCAUGACCUGAUAAAAGCAUCUAUAAAGAAGCGAGAGGAGAAUUGUAUGAACGACCCUUUCUUGUUUCUCAUUAACUACGUUAACGACAACAGGCUGCGCUGGAUGGACCUCUUCAACAGGCUUGACACAGACAAGAACUUCUCCAUCAGUUUCGACGAGUUCCGGGACGGCAUGAAAGCAAAUAAAAUCCCGAUAUCCGACAAGGACGUACAGAUAUUGAUGGAACGGCUGGACGAAGACCAUGAUGGCGCCAUUGACUUCGGUGAACUUCUCGAGGGCCAGAAGAAGUAUUUGAAGAGGUUUGAGAAAGUAAUGGGAGUGACCCCUACUAUCUCAUCAUCUUCUCCUUCAACUAGACAGAAUUCCAGGCCAUCGUCACGGCAGAAGUCACGACCUUCAUCAAGGACACAGUCACGUCCGUCGUCAAGGCAACAGUCAAGGCCAACAUCCAAAACUGACCGAUCAGCUGCUCUAACAAUCCAGCAGAAAGCCAAGUCGGACAUGGAAACCUACGCACGGACCACCCAGUUAACCAAGGAGCCUUCUGUAAAAUCCUGA